UAGAAAGCUUCAGGGUUGGCUUCUGUCCUAAACCAUUUAUAGCUAUGGACUUACCAGAUGAAAGCAAGUGGGACGAAACCACCUGUAAGAUGGCUAUUUGCCAGCAUCCACAAUGCUGGGCAAGUAUCCGCCGGAUUGAGAGGGGCCAUCCUCGAAUCCUGGGCUCACCCUGCAAAAUUCCCCUGGAUGAUGAAGAUAAACUCCCAGAGCUCACCAUUGUAAACAUGCCAGAUUCCUGCUCCUUACCUCGUCAUUUAUCAGCAUUUACCUUCACUAAAGCUCAUUCUUUAUUGUCUCGUGGUUCAAAGUUUAACUCCAAAUUUCAAGGCAGGCCUCAGAAAGGUUUGCCUGACAAAAGUUUGAUCAACAGUACUGAUAGAUCUCCCAAACUUUCGGUGUUGAAUUUGAAUGAGACGCUGCUUCCCUGUUCUAAAAAUGCUCGAAACAUGGUUGCAAUCUGGAUCCCAGAAGAAUCAGAGAAGGAUUUGAGUCUAGCUGAGAAGCAUUAUUUUCCCAGCCAGCAUGGGAAGAAGAAAAUAAAGAAAUUGGCAACGAAAAAAGGUUCAUCUCUGAAUCUCUCUGAAAAGCAGCCCCCAGAAGCAACAUCAAGAAUUCUUGUGCCUCCCCCUACCCCAGUACCAUUGUCUGAGCAAUUAGGUCCAGACUUUAUACCUUUCUGGACCCCACUGGACACGUUACCUCAGGACCUACUGGAGGAACUUUUGUCAAAUGGAGGGAAACCAAUACCCUGUCCAGAGAUGAAGAUACAGUUGACUAUGAUGAAAAAUAAUCUUCCCCUGGAAAAGAACCGACCUGACAGUGCAAUUUCUUCAAAGAUGUAUCUAUCUGUACACCGCCUCACCCUGCAGAAACCAGCAUUGAGAUAUCCUGAACAUUUGAAGAAAUUGAAUUGUAACCUGAAGACAGAAGGUAGAUUUCAGCGACAGCAGCAGCAGCAGCAGCAGCAGCGACAGCAACAGAGGAUGGUGAAAACACCUACUAGCAAACAGGAGGUUAAAAAGAAAGCCAAAAGUGAUCCAGGGAGCCAGAGAACUUCCUAUAAACAGUCAGUUGCCAUUGCUCAUGACGGUCUCUCUGGUCACAGAACUCUGCCAGAUCAGGAAAGUGACAUGAAGCAGCAGCAGCAGAUGGAGCUAGAACAUGCCACCUUGAAACAGGAUUACACAGAGAGAACAAAGAUGGAACAGUUAGAGAAGUACAUGAAUGACUACCUCAGUAUGGAAAGUCCUGUAUUGUCUGAAGCAGAACUCACUAUAAAGGAUAUUAGUGCUCCAGUGGAGCCUGGGCAGGAAGCCCAGGAUUCCAUGCCUGGAAGAACCUGGAGCCCUGAGCUCAAACUCCUAAGGAUUCUUCAGGGCUCUGAUGAUGAAGAUGAAUAUGAGGACAAGGAUGAGGAUGAGGAGAACCAAUGCUUUGGAGCACAGUAUGAAGUCUCUGGAGGCACAGACUGAAAGUAUCACUUGGGGCAGCCUUAUUCCAGAGCAGGAUGCUUGGCAUCCUGAGGACAACAACCUUUGACAUAAGGGCAGAAAGGAAAGGGGGCUUCUGCUCUCUGGAGCCUUUACUAGGGCCUGAACUUAGGGAUUCUGUUUUCUUUAUUUACCUCUACUUGCCUCUAAUUGAGGGAGAAAAAGCUCCAACCCCUUUGAAACUUAGAUUAUUUCUCUUCCAUUAGGGUCAGAAUAAUUUUAGUGAUUAAACACAACUGAUUCUCAA